AUGGCCUCACCACAGAAGCUCCGAACCCCUAUCACCGAUCUUUUCAAGAUCCAACACCCCGUCCUCCUCGCGGGCAUGAACGUUGCCGCCGGCCCUAAGCUCGCUGCCGCUGUCUCCAACGCUGGCGGUCUCGGUGUCAUUGGUGGUGUCGGAUACACUCCUGACAUGCUGCGCGAGCAGAUCGCUGAGCUCAAGAGCUACCUCAACGACAAGAACGCCCCCUUUGGUGUUGAUCUGCUCCUCCCCCAGGUCGGCGGCAGCGCUCGCAAGACCAACUACGAUUACACCAAGGGUAAGCUCAACGAGCUCGUCGACAUUAUCAUCGAGGAGGGCGCCAAGCUCUUCGUCUCUGCCGUCGGUGUCCCUCCCAAGGCUGUCGUCGACAAGCUCCACGCCAAUGGCAUUGUUUACAUGAACAUGAUCGGUCACGUCAAGCACGUCCAGAAGUGUCUUGACCUUGGCGUCGAUAUCAUUUGCGCUCAGGGUGGUGAGGGUGGUGGCCACACUGGCGAUAUCCCCACAACCGUCCUCAUCCCCGCUGUUGUCGACAUCUGCAAGAAGCACAAGUCUCCUCUCACCGGCGGCCCCGUCCAGGUCAUCGCUGCUGGUGGUAUUCACAACGGUCAGCUCCUCGCUGCUGCGCUCAUGAUGGGCGCUGGCGCUGUCUGGGUCGGAACCCGAUUCAUCCUCACUGAUGAGGCUGGUGCCCCCAAGGCUCACAAGGAGGCCGUCCGCACAGCUGGCCACGACGACAACAUCCGCACCAUCAUCUGGACUGGCCGUCCCAUGCGUGUCCGUAACAACGACUACAUCAACGACUGGGAGGUCAACCGUCAGGCCGAGAUUAAGGAGCUUGUCGCCAAGGGAGUUAUCCCCUACGAGGCUGACCUCGACAAGCUCGCCGAGGCUGCUAGUGAUAACGAUAGCGACGACGAUGAGGAUCUGUUGGACAAGUACCGACCUUACCUCAUGGGCAAGUGCGCUGCUGUUGUCAACGAGCAGAAGCCUGCCAAGGCUGUCGUGGAUGAAUUUGUAGACGACGCUGUUGCCUGGUUGCAAAGGGGCAACAAGAUGAUUGCCAAGCUGUAA